GGAAAAAAUUAUGGACAUAACUCAAUGGGAAAGAGGUAUGCCAGAAAUUGGAGGGGCAGGGCCUUUGCCUUUCACAGUCGCUGUCACUCUCACUCUCGCUGCUGCUGCUGCUGUAUUGGCGAUAGGCUUUACUGCUGCAAACCAAGCCAUGGGAUGAAUGCUGCUCUGCACUCUUGCCGUGGAUCUGGUUGCAGCAGUGUGUGGCUCUUGAUCAUUCCCUGACGCAUGUGACAUUCUUCCUUUUUUUUGUUCUGACAUGACUCUAAAUGGAGACAGAUACAAACUAUAUAUAUCAAGAAUGGAAAACCAGCGUUGGCGGAAACAACCCAAGAGGAGCAAGCUAAUUAAGGAUAGCCGCAGCUCUGAAGCAGAAGAAGUGAGCAGUGUUGAGUGGCAGUUCAUAAGCAUGACAGAGCAAGAAGAGGACCUAAUUUCCAGGAUGUACAAGCUCGUGGGAGACAGGUGGGAAUUAAUAGCUGGUCGAAUCCCUGGACGGAAAGUCGAAGAAAUAGAGAGAUUUUGGAUGAUGAAGCAUGGUGAGGUCUUUGCCCACAAAAGGAAGCUUCAUAAUAUUGCCACCAAUAGUUGUUCUAAAAAGGCUAGUAAUUCCCAUUGUCAGACCUUAAUUUGUUAACCAUUUCUACGCAUUCAUUUCUUCGUUGUCAUUUGUUUUGGACUUUAGAGUAUACAUGUACAAUCUCUCUCUUAUGUAUGUGAAUUUAUGAGAAAUACUAAGGUUGUGUUCAUAUGUGAAAAA